AUGGGUAUGGACAGCUUGCAGGUGACGCCAAUCUCACAGGCAAACGCCAACCAGCGCCGAGGGCGUGCAGGGCGAACUGGACCUGGCGCGUGUUGGCGGUUGUACACAGAGAGUGCCUUCGUUUCUGAGAUGCUGCAAAUGACCAUCCCGGAGAUACAGCGCACGAAUCUUGCCAACGUAGUCCUGCUGCUGAAGUCCAUGGGGAUCAAAGAUUUGCUGUCCUUCGGCUUCAUGGACCCUCCGCCGCAGGACACCAUCUUGAACUCUUUGUUUCAGCUUUGGAUGCUCGGUGCGCUUGACAACCUCGGCGACAUUACCUCCCUCGGUAACAAGAUGGCGCAGUUCCCUUUGGAUCCGCCCCUAUCAAAGAUGCUCAUCGUGGGUGAGGAGCUAGGAUGCAGCGAGGAGAUCAUGACCGUGGUGUCGAUGCUCUCCGUUCCGUCGAUCUUCUUCAGACCGAAGGAUCGUGCAGAUGAAAGCGAUGCAGCAAGGGAGAAGUUCUUCGUGCCUGAGAGUGAUCAUCUGACAUUCCUUAAUGUGUACCAGCAGUGGGCCCACAAUGGUUAUAGCGCCAGAUGGUGUGGCGACCACUUCGUUCACCAGAAGUCGCUGAAGAAAGUACGGGAAGUGCGGGGACAGCUCGAAGAGAUCAUGCAGCAGCAGAGAUUGCAGAUCAAUUCCAUCGGCACGGACUGGGACAUCGUUCGCAAAGCUAUUUGCGCUGGGUACUUCCACAACGCUAGCAAGCUGCGAGGCAUUGGCGAGUACGUCAAUCUCCGGUCACGCAUCCCUGCGAACUUGCAUCCGACGAGCUCAUUGUAUGGCUUGGGCUACACUCCUGACUAUGUCGUCUACCACGAGGUCAUGUACACGGUCAAGGAGUAUAUGCAGACGGUCACAGCGGUGGAUCCCUACUGGCUUGCAGAGCUCGGCCCCAUGUUCUUUUCCGUCAAGGAAUCCAGCUCCGACUUCCACGCGAAGCAGCGGCAGGAGCAGGAAGAGAGACGGCAGAUGGAGUACCAGCAGAAGCUUCGAGAUGACCUGGAGCGCCAGGCGAAGCAAGAAGAGGCUGAGGCGCUUGUUCGAAGCGGUGGUCAGGUAGUAGAGGUGGGUAAGAAGCGCGCGCCACGGGACAACCUCAGGAAGCUCAAAAGCAGUGACGCCAUUGAGCAGGAGGAGCGUCCCAAAGGCAAGGUUUCCGGCCCCUCUGUCGUGGGCAAUGACUCUGACUCUGACAGUGCAGCCGCUAAACGCCGGCGGGCAGCAGGACGCAAGCCGCGAGUGCGCUCCGCGUGGGCUGCCGCUGGUUGA